UUGUUUCUAACUCACUUCACAUUGGUCUAAUCUCCUUCAGACCCCUCCCUUGCCAUGCCUUGUGAGCAUAGGGUCGUUGGGAGUUGGCAGCCAUGAUAACCUGCAGGCACACAUCUCCCUUCUACUUCAUAUUUACAACCAGGCCUAACCUUUUCCUCCAUCAUUCUGUCAACGUGUGAUUGCAACUCUCCUCUCUCGAUCUUUGACGCUCCCUCUUCUUUGCUAGCAAUGGAUGAUGAACCUCUCUCAUUUCUAACAAUCUCAAUUGAUGAUUAUGAUGGUGGCCUAGAUGACAUUUUCUUCUUCUCAAUUGAUGACGACCAUAUGAGCGAAUCUUGGGGAUCGGCUAGCUCUUUUAAAGAAGAAUUCAACCGUGUUCAUUGCUGACAACCAUGGGAUCCUUGGUGUUCAUGAUUGCUGAUCACGAUCGAUCAGCGAUCAUGAACCAAGUAUGUUCUUCUCUCUCUCUCUUUCUCUCUCUGACUAAAUUUUAUUUUAAACAUGUUUAAACUGUACAAAAAAUGGGGGUUAAUUGAAGUUCUUUAUUUAUGGGCAUUUUCUAGAAAAUAAUUUAUUUUUUUAUUCCAUUCUAGAAUUUCACAUGUUUAUCCAAACAUAGUAAUUGAAUUUCGACCUCAACUCCAUUCCAAUGAAAAUCAGUGCAUAAGAAGGGUGAUCAAAUGCUUUUGGCACUUGCAAUAUAGACUGUUGAGAAAAUUGGCACUAGAGAUUAGACCUUGAAUAGCUUGGAUGGAGGUAGUCAGAAAGGGAUUUAAUGGCAUUCCAAAUUUCAUAGGAUGUGCCUAAACUGCAAAAAUGGGAAAACAUGAUACAUCUAGCUGUCACCCGGCCAUAAUGAGUGAAACUUGAAGGUUUUGUUGUUAUUCUCACUGUUGUUUUUUUCAUAAAAUUUUUGAUUCUGAAAAUUCUUUGUUUGAUGCCAUGUUUAAUUUGUAUGAUACCCUAUUCAUAUCUUUUGAUUGCUGUAUGAGUUUCAAGUACACUUCCAUACUACUGUGUUUGAUAAGUUGAAGAUAUUAAUAUUUGUCUUUAAUCUUUUCUCCCAAUAAAUGCUAACUUUGUUUAACAUUAUCCAGACCUGUGGUGGAGCAAGGGAUUUAUCUGAGGGGACAAAGCAGAGCUUUUACAAAAAAAUACUAAAGAAAAAGAAAAACACAAAUGCAAUUUUUAAAUGGGCAAAGUAAAAUACCUCAACAAAUUCUAUUUUUUAAAACAUUAUCCAUACCUGUGUGGGGCUAGGAAUUUAUCUUUGAGGGGACAAAGUAGCGCCAUUACAAAAAAAUUCAAAAAAAAAAAGAAGAAGAAAAACAACAUGAGUACAAAUUUUUAAAGGUACAUGGUAAAAUGCCCCAUUUUUUUUUUGAAGGAAUGGGGAAUGUGUUAUAAUUUUAUAUCAUAAAUAGCCAAAAAUUUGAGAGGACUAAAUAUGAUAUUUUUAAGUCAGGGGGAUCAAUUGUCUUCUCUGCCACUGCCUCCCAGGCUUUGAUACAUACAAACAAUACAUGUUCUUUGCUGUUGUGGCUCAUGGUUGAAUAAUGCAGAAGGGAGCCUAUAUUGUUCUUUAGCAAAUUGUGCUGGUAUUUUUUCUCACAUAAUUGAUGUGUAGGGCUAUGAAGAAGCUGUGGCAUGCUUUUGAUAGCAUGAUUGAACUAACUGUAGUUUCUAUAAGGACCGUCCUCCAAGACUAACAAAUGGAAGUUUUACUGGCAUCCUUCUCUAAUUAUAGUUUUUUAGAUAAAUGUUUUCAUUUCAUAUUGAUAAUAAUGUUAGGUUUUUAGGAUUCUUCUGCUUUGUCGAAGCAACAACCGAUGGAGUCAUCAAUUGGUCUGAUGAAGGUCCUUGCUUUUUCAGUUUGAACACACACGACUGACAAGGGAGAACAUCGUCGUACAUGACAUGGAGCCCUUCUAAACUCGAAUGAUGAAGUUGUGAUGUCUUCCUCCCUACGUCUUCCAUCUUCAAGAUGGCAAGCAUGGUGCACCUUUCCUCUCACCUUCCCCUAAACCUCAUCACCUGAAACUCUAAUCCAUCAAAGCCCUAAGCCUGAAACCGAACUCUAUUUCUCUCCUAUUCUUAGCAACCAAACACUGUUUUUUCCCUAUCCACCAAAAAUCCUCUUUGAGCACCAGAAUACCUGUCAACGGAACAACAAACAACAAAGCAAAAGAUUUCUUUCCUUACUGCCCCCAUUAAUUUCCUUAUAUUUCAAUUCAUUAUUUUGUAAAGUUAGCAUAUAUUUAGUUAACAUGUAUAGGGCUUGACAGAUUAUAGUUUACUUGUAUAGGGCUAGAAUCAUGCUAGACCUUAUGUACUUUCCAUGUAUAGCAUCCUUGUAAAGUCUAUAUAUAAUAUACAGAACUCAAGGCCAAUUCAUUCUGCCAUUCACAAAAUAUUUGACAUGGUAUUAGAGCUAGCUGACUGCUAGGUUUUUUUUUUUUUUUUGAUUUUUUGUCUUCUCGGUUUCGUGGCUGUUGUGGUUUUGUUUUCUCUUCUGGAAAUUUUCUCUGUUCUUUCGGUACUUAUGUGGCUGCGUGGCUGUCGGCACAGCAGGCUUUUGGGUUGCCAUUUAUUCCUCCAGUUUAUGUCCUUGUAAUUCUCGGCAAGCAGGAAAUAGUUUUCUUCUGCUGUUUGUGACUUUCGGCAAGUAGGCACAACAGGUUUCUGGUUUGCCACUUAUUUCUCCAGUUUCUAUUGCUGUUUGUGACUCUCAGCAAGCAGGCUUGUGACUUUCGGCAAGCAGGCACAGCAGGUUUCUGGUUUGCCACUUAUUUCUCCAGUUUCUGUUACUGUUUGUGGCUCUCGGCAAGCAGGCAACAGCUUUCUGUUGCUGUUUUUGGCACUUAUCUUCUUGGUAGAACAGGUUUUUGGUUCAAGAUUUAAUUUUUAGUGCAGUUUUUUGGUUCAAUAUUUAAUUUUUUAGUGCACGGAAGUUGUUCUUGGUUCUUCUUUGUACCUGCGUUGUUUAUUUUGGGCUUCUAGAUUUUCUGGUGGUCUGUUUCUUUUGGCACAAUCUGUUUUUUUGGGGCUUCUCGAUUUUCUCCAUUAUUCAGCAUGGACUCCGCACUUGUGUGCGCCAAGUUUAUGGGCAACAAUUAUUCUACAUGGGCUUUUUAGUUUAAACUUUUCCUGAAGGAGAAAGAUCUUUGGGGUCAUAUUGAUGGCACGGAUUGUGCACCCCAUCCUAAUAAAUCCAAGGAGUCCCCAACUUGUCCUUCAUGGGCUAUGUUUGAUGCUCGGAUUAUGUCUUGGCUUCUUGGCUCGGUUGAGCCACAUAUUGUCCCCAACUUGCAAUCUUAUCACAUUGCUCAAUCCAUGUGGACUUAUUUAAAAACAGUAUAUCAUCAAGAUAACGGUGCCCGUCGUUUUUAGUUAGAGCAUACGAUUCCCAUGUUUCAACAUGACAAUCGUUCCAUCCAAGACUAUUAUUUGGGGAUUUUGACUCUUUGGAAUGAAUAUUCUGAUAUGGUUACUGUGGAUGUUCCUGUGGCUUUUCUUCCCAUUAUUCAACGUCUUAACGAGACUAGUCCUCGUGAUCAGUUUCUUAUGAAAUUCUCCCUCGAGUAUGAAUCUGUUCGCUCGUCUCUGCUAAAUCGCUCUCCUGUUCCUUCUCUGGAUGUUUGUUUUGGUGAGUUACUUUGUGAAGAACAACGACUUAGUACUCAAGUUACUUUGGCACAAUCUCAUGGUAAUUCCGGGUUUGUCCUUGUGGCUUAUGUUGCUCAAUGUCGAGGGCCGCUUGCGCAUUCUAGCACUUUGCUGUGUUUUUGCUGCAAUGAAAUUGGACAUAUCGCUGCUAAUUGUUCUAAGAAAUUCUGCUCUUAUUGCAAGAAAAAGGGUUACAUUAUCAAAGAAUGUCGUAUUUGCUUGCAGAAUCGUCAGGCCUAGGCAUUGCAGACUUUUGUUUAGUGUACCCCCACAAUGGCUCUUGCAGUCCCUGGCUCUUCUUCAGGUGGCUUCUGUGAUUUACUGCACACCCGAAAUGGUGCAACAGAUGCUAAUUUCGACAUUAUCAGCAAUGGGGCUCCAAGGUAACAAUUCUACUAAUAUCUGGUAUGUGAACUCUGGUGCCUCUAGUCACAUGACUAAUAAUCCCACUACCUUGUGUCAUGUUCGGCCCUACGCUAGUCAAUCUACUAUUCAGACUGCCAAUGACAGUUCUUUGCCAAUAGCUGCUGUUGGAGAUGCCUCUUCUAAGUUCACUAAUGUGUUUCUUGCUCCUCAGCUUUCCACGAAUCUUAUUUCUGUUAGUCAAUUAGUUGAUAACAAUUGUGCUGUUAAUUUUUCUGGUAAUAGUUGUGUUGUGCAAGACCAAGUAAUGGGGGAGUUAAUCGCGAAGGGACCUAAAGUGAGGCGCUUGUUUCUACUACUUUUUCCUGUUCCAGCACGUUCUCCAAUUUCUUCUAUUAAGUCUUUUGCUUGUAAUAAUGUUUCAGAUCGUAGUAUGGUGUGACAUCGUCGUUUAGGCCAUCCCAAUACUUAGAUCUUAUCUCAUGUAUUGAACUUUGGUUUACUUAGUAAUAAAGAACGUUCUUCU